ACCAUUUGAAGAAGUAACCAGAAAUAUCUCUGGGGAAAAUUACCUUACAGCUAGCCAAGUGAUUGGAUUUAUCAAUGGACUAGUUUCUGUCUGCAAUAAAAUGAGAAAAGAAACCCUAAGCGAAGUCUCCAAACGUGUAGUUGAUGAAUUGCUCAAAGGACUAAAAACCAGAUUUUCUAACAUUGAAAACAGCAAGACUAUAGCUUUGGCGACGUUGUUAGAUCCACGUUUCAAGCUUGCAGUAUUUUCAGAUGAAAAAUCAGCUGGAUCCAUAAAAACCUACUGCACUGAGCUCAUGUCAGCCAUAUGGAGCAAGAAGACAAGCACUUCUGUGACGUCUGUCAGUGGAAGUCAGGAAAAAGACGAUGGAAAUCAGCCUCUUACAAAACAGGCAAAGUUUUCUAUCUGGGCAGACCUUGAUAAGAUGAUAGCAUCCAAGAAACCGUCAGGUUCAAAGACAUCUGCUGCAAUUGUUGAAAUGAACCGUUAUUUAGACGAGGAAUGCAUCGGACGCUCAGAAAACCCACUACUGUGGUGGAAACAAAAUGAAGUUUUUUACCCUCUCUGUUGUCACAAGUUGUAA